UCUCAGGCGGCUGCACCAAGGCUGAAGCUGCUCCAGGCUAGGCCAGGGCUAUGUGGAGCAACCAGAGCAUUCUUCCAAGAUAAAUGAUUAAGCUGAGCAGCACUUGGCAAGGGCAUAGGCUGCUAAGCCAAGGAGGUGAGCCCUGUUCACACCUCAGCCAGGCUGUGGAAGCCAGAACUAGAUAGAUCAGGAAGGCAGAGACCAGAGAGGCCCAGCGGCUCCCAGCCAGCCCCUGCAGCCUCCUGCUUGUCAGAGGCACCCAGAGCAUCUCAGAUCCAGAGGAAUCUUCACAGCCUGCCCUUCUGGGACCCUGCUCACACCUCUGGCACCAUGAAGCUCCAGGUGUUCUGGACUGUGCUGGAAUAUACCUGCCGGCUCCUGGGCAUCACCACAGCUGCAGUGUUGAUUGGAGUGGGCACAGAGACCUUCCUGCGAGGGAAGUUCAAAAGCCUGGCCUUCUAUCUGCUGUUCACAGGAGUCACCAUCUCCAUGUGUGAAGGGGCCUUCUUUGUGGCUCAACUGCUGGCCAUCUGCUUCAGGUGUCAGCCGGGGUCUCUGGCACACAAAGCAAGGGAGAAGGCCUGCUGGCUGGGCUGCUUCCAGAAGUUCCUCGCCUACAUGCUGCUGUCUGUGGCCUGCUUCCUCCACCCUGUCCUCGUCUGGCAUGUGACCAUUCCAGGUUCCAUGCUAAUCGUCACUGCCCUGGCCUACUUCCUGCUGAGCAAGCGGAAGAAAAGAAAGGCUGUUCCAGAGGUGCUGGCGCCCACGGAGCAGUACACAGACCCUUCCAGCAGCGUUGUGAGCACCACAGGCUCUGGGGACACUGAGCAAACCUAUACUUUCCAUGGGGCCCUCAAGGAGGGGCCUGGCUCGUUCUUCGUCCACAUGAAGAGCAUCCUGAAGGGGACCAAGAAGCCACGUGUCCUACAGCCCCAAGAUACCCUAAUGGAACUGGCACUAGAGCCAGCCGACUCCUUGGCCAAGAAGAAGCAGGUACACUUUGAAGACAAUGUAGUCAGGAUCAUCCCAUCCCUCACCGAAGGUCAGGGUGACAGUGACAGUGGGCCAGAGGAAAUGAGCUCUGACACGACCCCCAUUAUCCCUCCCUCCCGGACGCCACUCUUCCUGCCUUCUCUCAUGGCCACCGACCUGUUCUGAGCUUCUCAUCUGGAGAUCUACAGCUGGAGAGACCUUCCAGAAAACUUCUAAUAGCCAUGGCCCCUGCAGGGAACUCAGGGUCUCCAUUCACCAGCUACUCAUAUCCCAGUGGUGGCUGGGUAUUCGGAACAACAAGAUGGUGUACCAAGCCAGAUCUGUGGAGACCUCCAGGGGGGCACAAAUGAAGCCCUGCCAUACAGAAUCAGCACAGGCUCCUCCUCCUUGGCCAGGGGUGGGAAAAAGAGAGCACAGCUCCACAAGGCUUCUAACCCAACUUGCUAAGCCUUAAAGGGACAGAAGACAUCAGUUCAGCCUCCCUUGCAUCCAGGCUCCCUUGCAGCCUUCAGCAAGGACCCUGCAGUGCAUUACCGGCACCAAAGGACCAGGGGUGAGUCAGCAGCACAAGCAAGAUAGUUCAGGGUAAACAUGGGAAAGAAAGCUUCAUAUCUCAAGUGAGGACAGCCUGGCAGUGGGCCGCAUUCUCAGCAUACUCUAGGACUGGGCUAGGCAGCAGGCAUUUCAGAAUCGCCCGGGAAACAAUGCCACUCUGUGCUCAGUGCCGGGAAAGCUGACCAGAAGAGCAUCUCUCAUUCCAGAAGGAUAGCCAAGGGCUUCCUGCCCUCCCCACCCCAGCCCCACUGUAUGGGCAGUGUUCAGAUCCCAAGGAGAUCUGCUAGCUAAAAGAGUCUGAGAGCCCAUGACCAUCUGUAGCAGGAAUGGCCAGGGUGUAGCAUGGAAUAAUCACUAUAGGUCAGGACCCAGGAUGCAGGAGACUGCCUCCAGAGAGCCACACGACACAGGGAAGUAGCUUUACCAUGCUUAGGAACCUGGAAGUAAGAUGGGUGAUAAAUGAAUGUUUGCUCAAAAUAGGGAGGAAGGAAGAAAGAAGAGGAAAGGACACAAGGGAGAGGACAGUGAUCAGGAAGGCAUGGUUUCCGUCCUGCAGCUGCAGAGGUGACAGUGAAUCUGAGAUAGAGACUUCUUGGUAAAAAAAAAAAAAAAAAAAAAAAAAAAAAUUAUAAAAUACCUUUUA